AUGAGACUCGUGUUCGACCGCCUCUUGAAGUACUCUACCCUAGGCCGACCGACUCUGCUAAUGACGAUGCUGAGGUUGAACAGCAUCAUUGCUGUACACGGUCUCGGUGCAAACGUGGACUGGUCCUGGACCUGGAAGGAGGGCGGAAAGCACGUCAACUGGCUUCGGGAUCCCGACAUGCUGCCGGCGAAGGUGUCCAAGUCACGGAUUAUGAUGUACAAUUACGAUUCGAAGUGGCAUGUGGGCGCCCCGAAAACGCGCCUCCAGCUCUGCGGCGAGGAGCUCAUACACGCCGUACACUCAUUCUGCGGCGGCGCCUUCAAGCGUCCGAUUAUCUUUAUUGGCCAUAGCCUAGGUGGAAAUGUCGUCGUCAAUGCCCUUUUAUACGCUAGCGACAGGAAAGAGUACAAGUAUUUGUUGGAGGCGACGGCAGGCGUAGUAUUGCUAGGCGCGCCUCUUCGGGGCACGAAAUGGCAAGUUUUCGUUGACUCCCUUGCUCAGCUGAUGGGUCCAGCAGGGUCGCACCGUGGGAUUACCAAAGAUCUCGAGUUCGACGGGUUCGAGCUACAGGACAGGCUGCAUCGCUUCUGCCGGCUACGAAAUACCCUGUCGACACCCGUCUCCUGUUUCUUUGAGCUCUACGAAACGGACUACGGGAGAAGGUUUGGACUGAGCGGAGUGGCGAGAGGAAUGAUCGUGGAAGAGGCAUCCGCUUGCAUCCCAGGCCUCGACAGAUACGCCCUUCAAGCGGAUCACCUGAAGAUUAACAAGUACCGCGGUCCAACCGACCGCGGAUUUCUGAGUGUCUCAGGUGUGAUCGUCGAGAUGUGUGCCAAUGCGAAUGACGUCGUUACGCGUCGGCAAGACCACGCAUUGAAGCAGAAACCUGAUGCUGCUGCCUGCUUACGUGACCUCUUUUUAACUGACCCGCUUGACGACAGAAAGGCAUUGAAACGCAAAAAAGGACAACGUGCUCGUGGCACUUGUGAGUGGAUCAUGGGUGCUGAAGAGCUUACACACUGGCUUGGUUCCGGCCGUACAGGCUGCUCAGAGGGCCCGUCAACUCAGGUCCUUUGGCUCCAUGGGAACCCAGGGACAGGAAAGUCUACCACGGCCAUCUUUCUCACUGAAGAGCUAUCAAAAGCAUUUACCACCACCACCCAGAAAACUGUGGCAUACUUUUUCUGCGACUCCGGAUUCGACACACGGAGGACAGCCACAUCAGUCGUCAGGGGGCUUCUGCUUCAACUCGUCCAACAACAACCACAGCUUCUCGACUAUGUCUUACCAAAGUAUAAUGAGCGUGGACCGGCUCUUUUCGAUUCAUUUGAUGCUCUUUGGGCAAUCUUUAUGAACGUGGCGGCGGAUAAACACACUGGCGAAAAGUACUGCGUUGUUGAUGCGCUGGAUGAGUGUGAUCGGGAAUCUCAAGCCACCCUGUUGCAACAGCUCAAGGAAACAUUUCAGGGCCAGCAUGCACCGCCUAAUGUUCGCAUACUAGUCACUAGUCGGCCGUAUCCCGAGAUCCGCCAGCACCUGGGAGAUUUUGCAAACAAGGACUUAGCUUCCUAUCCUGAGGCAAAGCGAGACAUUGAACAGUGCAUUGAGGAAAGAACGGCAGACCUGGUCAAAGCCAAACACUACACCAACAAGGUCCAAACACGGGUCAGGAAUAUCUUAAGAGAAAAGGCUGACGGUACUUUCCUCUGGGUUGGCUUGGCUUGCGAGGAGCUUAAGGCCGUCCCUUCAAAAGACGCUGUCCAAGUGUUGGAAAACAUACCUAGAGGUCUUACCUACCUUUAUAAGAGGCUUCUUGACUCGGCAUUUGAACAGAAUGCGGGAGCCGACGGAAUUCGACGCAUUUUGAGCUCUGUUGCCGUCUGCGUACGGCCACUGAGUGUGUUAGAACUCUCAGAAGCUUGUCAACUUCAUUUGGAGGAAGACGACGAGCAGACCCGGAUUCAGUUCACACGAGAUCAAAUCGAGUCCUGUCGGCUCAUGGUGGUCAUCCAGGAUGACAAGGUACUGUUACUGCAUCAGUCUGUAAAGGACUUCUUGACUGGGGCUGAAGCUGGCUAUUUCAUCAACGAUCUUAAGGCACACGCUGAUAUUGCUUACCGCUGCGUGGAUAUCCUUAUUAAGAGUUUUCAUGAUAAGAAGGAUUCAAGUGGCCCCCUCUUAGGAUACGCAAUUGACCAAUGGCCAAAUCAUGGGCGCAUGGCGAAGUCGGAAUUUGAGGUCAAGGCAUCACAGGCAGAGUUCUUUGCUAUAAGAUCCGAAUGUCGUGAGGACUGGCUGAGAGCGUAUUCUUCACGUUUUCCUUUUCAGAGAAUGGCAAAGAAAUCCUCAAUUUUGCAUGUUGCUGCAAAAUGGGGGAUUGCAGCUCUGCCGCAGUAUGUGGCUCGGUUAAAAACGAAAGAUCUCGACGCAGGAGGAACCAUCAAGCUGGUCAAUCGUAACGAUUCGAGAAGAAGAACGGCAAUGAUGCAAGCCGCAGGCUCGGCUUAUCUAGGUGUCUUGCCCCUACUCUUGAAUUUAGGAGGGGAAGUGGCGCCACAGGUGGUAAAAGCCGCAGCCGGAAACGAAACAAACGGCAGGGAAGUCAUGGCACUACUUCUCGACCGGCGAGGCGACCAGAUUACCAUCACUGAGGAGGUGGUACAGGCUGCGGCAAAAAACGAUAGGAACGGCAAGGAAGUCAUGGCACUCCUUCUCCGAGGCGCUCAGAUCACCACCACGGCGAAGGUGGUAUCUAUUAUCGCCAGAGAGUUUGACAUGGAAGUCAUGGAACUACUUCUCGACCGGCGAGGCGACCAGAUUACCAUCACCGAGGAAGUAGUAGAAGCGGCAGUGAGAAACAAGAGAAACGGCAAGGAAGUCAUGGAACUACUUCUCGACCGGCGAGGCGUCCAGAUUACCAUCACUGAGGAAGUGGUAAAAGUAACAGCAGGAAACGAAUGGAGCGGUAAAGAAGUCAUGGAACUACUUCUCGACCGGCGACGCAACCAGAUCACCAUCACCAAGGAAGUGGUAAAGGCGGCGGCAGGAAACCAAAGGAGCGGCAAGGAAAUUUUGGCCCUGCUUCUUGAACGGCGACGCAACCAGAUUGCCAUCACUAAAGAAGUAGUGAAGGCAGCAGCAGGAAAUGAGGUGAGCGGAAAGGAAAUUAUGGCACUACUACUUGGCCGGCGAGGCAACCAAUCUACCAUCACGGCAGAGGCGGUAAGUAGUAUUGCUAGAGAGUUUGAUGAGGAAAUCAUGGCAAUGCUUCUCAAACGGCAAGGCAACCAGAUCACUAUUACUGCAAAGGUGGUAGAGGCUGCAGCAGGAAACGAAUGGAGCGGCAAGGUCAUGGAACUACUUCUUGACUGGCAGGGCGACCAAAUCACAAUCACUGAACGGGUGACAACGACCGCAGCAGGAAACAAAAGGAACGGCAAGGAAAUUAUGGCACUACUUCUUGACCGGCAAGGAGACCAGAUCACGGUCACUAAAGAAGUAGUAAAGGCGGCGGCAGGAAACCAAAGGAACGGCAAAGAAAUUAUGGCACUACUUCUCAACCGCCGAGGUGCCCAGAUGACCAUCACCAAGGAAGUGGUAUCUGUUAUUGCUAGAGAGUUUGAUGAGGAUAUCAUCACAGUGCUUCUCAAUCAGCAAGGCGCCCAGAUUCGUAUUACUAAGGAAGUGGUGAAGGCCACAGCGCAAAACAAAGGGAACGGACAGAAAGUCAUGGCACUACUCUUCAACCAGCGAGGCAACGAGAUCACCAUCACUGAGGAGGUAGUAAAAGCGGCAGUAACAAACAAGAGAAACGGCAAGGAAGUCAUGGAACUACUUCUCGACCGGCGAGGCGACCAGAUCACCAUCACUGCGGAAGUGGUACAGGCUGUGGCAAAAAACGAGAGGAACGGCAAGGAAGUCAUGGCACUCCUUCUCCGAGGCGCUCAGAUCACCAUCACGGCGGAGGUGGUAUCUAGUAUCGCCAGAGAGUUUGAUAUGGAAGUCAUGGAACUACUUCUCAACCGGCGAGGCGACCAGAUUACCAUCACUGAGGAGGUGGUACAGGCUGCGGCAAAAAACAAGAGGAACGGCAAGGAAGUCAUGGCACUCCUUCUCCGAGGCGCUCAGAUCACCAUCACGGCGGAGGUGGUAUCUAGUAUCGCCAGAGAGUUUGAUAUGGAAGUCAUGGAACUACUUCUCGACCGGCGAGGCGACCAGAUUACCAUCACUGAGGAGGUGGUACAGGCUGCGGCAAAAAACAAGAGGAACGGCAAGGAAGUCAUGGCACUCCUUCUCCGAGGCGCUCAGAUCACCAUCACGGCGGAGGUGGUAUCUAGUAUCGCCAGAGAGUUUGACAUGGAAGUCAUGGAACUACUUCUCGACCGGCGAGGCGACCAGAUUACCAUCACUGAGGAGGUGGUACAGGCUGCGGCAAGAAACAAGAGGAACGGCAAGGAAGUCAUGGCACUCCUUCUCCGAGGCGCUCAGAUCACCAUCACGGCGGAGGUGGUAUCUAGUAUCGCCAGAGAGUUUGAUAUGGAAGUCAUGGAACUACUUCUCAACCGGCGAGGCGACCAGAUCACCAUCACCGAGGAAGUAGUAGAAGCGGCAGUGAGAAACAAGAGGAACGGCAAGGAAGUCAUGGAACUACUUCUCGACCGGCGAGCCGCCCAGAUUACUAUCACUGCGGAAGUAGUAGAGGCCGCAGCAGGAAACGAAUGGAGCGGUAAAGAAGUUAUGGAACUGCUCCUCGACCGGCGAGACGACCAGAUCACCAUCACUGCAGAGGUGGUAAAGGCGGCAGUCGGAAACAAAAGGAAUGGCAAGGAAGUCAUGAAACUGCUCCUCGACCGGAAAAGUGACCAGAUCACCAUCACUGAGGAGAUAAUAAAUGCUGUAGGAGAAUACGGAAGUACGUCGGACCGCCUGCAGUUUAUGCUACUACUUCUUGACUACGACGUAGGCGUCGAAAUCCAAAGCAGUGAGGAGGCGAUAACAGAGGACGAAGAUGAAGUUAUAUCACUUCUAAACCAGCAAGGCAACCAAAUCACAAUUACUGAGGAGGUGGUAAACGUUGCAGCAGGAAACCAAAGGAAUGGCAAAGAAGUUAUGGAACUACUUCUCGACCGACGAGGCGACGAGAUCACCAUCACUGCAGAGGUGGUAGAGGCCGCAGCAGGAAAUGAGGAGAACGGCAAGGAAGUCAUGGAACUACUUCUCGACCGACGAGGCGACGAGAUCACCAUCACUGCGGAAGUAGUAGAGGCCGCAGCGGGAAACGAAUGGAACGGGGGAAAACUCAUGGAACUACUCCUCGACCGACGAGGCGACGAGAUCACCAUCACUGAGGAGGUAGUACAGGCCGCAGCAGGAAAUGAGGAGAACGGCAAGGAAGUCAUGGAACUACUCCUCGACCGACGAGGCGACGAGAUCACCAUCACUGCGGAAGUAGUAGAGGCCGCAGCAGGAAACGAAUGGAACGGAGGAAAACUCAUGGAACUACUCCUCGACCGGCGAGGCGACCAGAUCGCCAUCACUGAAGAGGUAGUACAAGCCGCAGCAGGAAAUGUAUGGAACGGCACGGACGUUAUGGCACUACUCCUCGAACGACGAGUAGAAUUUGCGGAUGGAUGGACGCCGCUUAAUGCAGCUUCGAUUGUCGGUCACCUGGAGGUUGUUAGGCUAAUUCUUGCCAAGGGGGCAGAUGUCACAGCGGCCGACGAGGACGGAUGGACAGCCCUCCACGAAGCCUCGGCAAAUGGCCACCUCCAGGUUGUCAAGCUGCUUCUCGACAAGGGAGCAGACAUCACCGCGGCUGACAAGUGGGGAUGGCCGCCGCUCAGCUUGGCAUCAAACAGCGGUCAUGUUGAGAUCGCCCAGCUACUUCUCGACAAGGGGUCAGAUGUUACAGCGGCCGACGAGGAUGGAAUGACAGCCCUCCACGAAGCCUCGGCAAAUGGCCACCUCCCGGUUGUUAAGCUGCUUCUCGACAAGGGAGCAGACAUCACCGCGGCUGACAAGUGGGGAUGGCCGCCGCUUAACUUGGCAUCAAAUAGCGGUCAUCUGGACGCGGUCCAGCUGCUGCUUGACAAAGGAGCAGGCGUCUAUGGUAUGGAUAACGAUGGUCGGACAGGCCUUUUUCAUGCAGCAAGGCGAGGAGAUUGCCAAACCGUGCAGGCUUUGCUCUCAAAUAAAGCAUCGGUGAAUUUCAAGGACCGUUAUGACGCAACACCACUAAUUGCAGCCUCAAGAAACGGCCACGCAAAUACAGUAGAGAUUUUGCUUGAGGCAGAGGAUAUCUGUAUCGACUGCAGGGAUAAAUUAGGCCAAACCGCGUUAUGCUGGGCGAGGAAGAGCGGAAAUGAUUCAACAGUGCAACUUCUGCUCCGACAUUUCGAAGGGGCAGGGCCUCAAGGCAGCAGUGCACACGGAUUGGCGGACAACAAUUCAACUCCGUUUGAUUUGGAUUUGAGCUGGUGCAAUGUCUGUACUAUUUGUAUUCCAGAUGGUAAGGCAUAUUACCAGUGCAAAUCUUGUAAUGCAGGUGACUUUCAGAUCUGCCUGGAUUGCUUUGACGUUGGUGUUGCAUGCCAGGACAAUGCUCACAAAUGGGCAUUGCAUGAAUCAGAUUAG